CUUUCUCAUAUGGGACACAACUAAAAGUUACUUCUGCAGCAAACACCAAAAUCUCUUUGAUAUGUCAGCUGAAACACAAGGUUCAGUUAUUUGUCUCUCAGACUUCCAAGUCCUGCUUUGUUAACACCGUCUGUAGUUAAACUAUAAAAAAGUUUUAUUUCCCAUUUUUCUCUUCCAACCUCUCCUUCUAAGGUUUUGUUCCACUUUGUAAGGAACAAAAUGAGAACAAUGGUUGCCACUUUCUCAUAUCCAGCCUCUACCUAUUUUGUAAGGUGUUGUUCCGUGAGAGAAAACCAUGACCAGGUUAAGCUGCAAGUGAACAGCAGCAUCAGAACUAAUGGGAGUUUUAGGUCCCCAGUUAAAGUUGAGUCACUCAAACAAACAGUUUCAACUACCACCACUCUUGGUCAAGCUGUUACAAUUGAUGAAAAUGGUCUUCGCCAAAACAUUCCAACAAAGAAGCAAUUGGUUGAUCCUCAUCGUCAAGGGCUCAUCAUUGAAGGUGGAGUUGGUUAUAGACAGACUGUUGUCAUUAGGUCCUAUGAAGUUGGAGCUGAUAAAACAGCCACACUUGAGAGCAUCCUCAAUCUUCUUCAGGAAACUGCAUUAAACCAUGUUUGGAUGUCUGGACUGCUGAGUGAUGGGUUUGGAGCAACACAUGGAAUGGUGAGGAACGAUCUCAUUUGGGUUGUCUCAAGAAUGCAAGUUCUGGUUGAUUACUAUCCCAUCUGGGGAGAGGUAGUUGAAAUUGACACAUGGGUUGGAGCAUCAGGCAAGAAUGGAAUGCGGCGGGAUUGGCUGAUAAGAAGCCAAGUCACAGGCCGCAUUUUUGCACGUGCAACAAGCACGUGGGUGAUGAUGAACCGUAAAACAAGACGUCUCUCCAAAAUGCCUGAAGAGGUAAGAGCAGAAGUUUCACCUUGGUUUAUAGAGAAGCAAGCAAUAAAGGAAGAUGAUGUUCAAGAAAAAAUAGUCAAAUUAGACAAAGAGGCAAAAUACAUGAAUUCUGACUUGAAGCCCAAGAGAAGUGAUUUGGACAUGAACCAACAUGUUAAUAAUGUGAAGUAUGUAAGAUGGAUGCUAGAGACCAUCCCAGACCAAAUUCUGGAGGGGCACCAAUUAUCUGGUAUCACACUAGAGUACAGAAGGGAAUGUGGAAGCUCGGAUAUAGUACAAUCACUAUGUGAACCUGAAGAGGAUGAAAUACUUCAUGGUGUGGUGGAACCAGAUUACUGCACAAAUCUUCUCAAUGGGUUAUCAUCAGAUAUUAUAAAUGGUAGUGGUGUCCUUACUUGCCUUGAGAAGAGGCCAUUAAGGUAUACACACCUGCUACAAACCAAAGGAGAGAAACAAAACGACGAAAUUGUCAGAGGAAGGACUACAUGGAAGAGGAAGAUUUCUACAAUGCCAUUUUCCACUUAGACCUAGUAAGAUUCAUAUGUGGACUGGGAAGGAACAAAUGUUAGCAAUACUCUGGUCAUGGUGUGUACCCACCAAGAAAAAUUCUUGGUCUAAAUGAAAACGAUAUCAUGGGAAAAAGACAACCAAGAAGCGUUUGGAGAAAAAAAAUAUACAUGUAACAAUUCCAAUUGAAGUGUAAGUUAUGAAUAUCCUUCUUAGUUCUUAGUUCUUAUUUAUUUAUUUAUUUAUCUUGGUCAAAGAUUUGGAUAUUUUAGAGACUAAUCCUACUAAGUAAAUUAUUUUUAUUCGUGUGAAUGCAGGUUUAUACCCAACUACACCAAUUCUUAUUAAAACAAUAUAAAACAUGAUUAUUUAGUUGUAGUAAACUUUAUCUAUGUGGGCAAACUAUAUCAUGAUUUUAAAUAUAUCAUGAUUUUAAAAAAACAAGGAAAAUGUUUUCCAACACAUUCAAGUAAAAGUGGAUUUUAGUAAAGUAAUGUAAGAGCACCUCUGUUGUAGGUUGCUCUUGAAAAAGCCACAGUAGGAGUGAGUUGAAAAGUAAACGUGAAACAAUGGAGAGCAACCCCACAUGAACAUGUCAAAGCACCCGAUGUUGCAGUAAGGUGUUUUUGCUUCCUUUUUUUUAGUAGGUCCCAU